AUGUCCAUGAUAACGAGGGAGAAGCAACCCAUUUCAUUCGACCUUGUGGUUUUUAGAACGUCACAGUUGGGCAGUGAAUGGUAUAUAUGUUGUGUUGCUGAGCAGGCAACAUAUUUGCGGCGGAUGAAAACUGAUGGAUCUCUGGUAACGCGCAUUGCCUUCCCAUUGACGGGCGCUCGGAUACAGCUGGGAAUAGGUCUAAUACUGGUCUCUAUCAAUGGGACUGGCAUAAAAACAUGUGGUUAUAAUCUCAUUAUUACGUUGACAAGCAUCACUAAUGGGCAUUCAUGA